CUGGUUUAAACCGGUUUCUAUCUUAUAUUUCAAUAUAAAAACUAAAUAAACAUUCGGCCGUUAUUGUAUUGAAGCUUUGUGUGGUGAGCACGACGCUGCAGGACCCCGCUCAGCCGCUUUCCCUCGUUUUUCCGCGCUUUUUAAAAAGAAGCCAAGAUGCCUAAGAGAAAGGCUGACGGAGACAAAGCUGCCAAGGGCAAGGAGGAGCCAACAAGACGCUCCGCAAGACUGUCUGCCAGACCAGCCCCUCCGAAACCAGCCCCGAAGCCCAAGAAGGCUGCCCCGAAGAAAGCAGCUAAAGGGAAGAAGGCCAACCCCGCUGAAAACGGAGACGCCAAGGCAGACCAGGCGCAAAAGGUCGAAGCCACCGGAGACGCCAAAUGAGAAGCAAAUGAAUUGUUUAAUUCCUCUGUGUACUUGGUGACUGUACAGUUUGAAAUAACUAUUUUUUACCAAGUUUUAUAUUAAGAAUAUCGUUUAUAGUUUAAUUGUUGUUCGCUUUCAUAUCCAUUUACGCCCCUUUCCGUCGUUAACGAAGCCGCCCACCUUGCCGCAGUGAUUCCCUGGAUCAAUUGGUUGAUAAACUCCUACAUUUUGGGAUUUGGGUUUUUAAAACUUACGUAAACACCAAACAUUCUCAUAAGGCAGCUAUUGUGUGUUUUUAGAAUAUUUGGGGAAAGAAGUUUCCUUUUUUUCUUCCUUCUUUUCUUUAUUUUAUUUGUGUACUUACAACAAUACUGUUAAUUUUUGCAUUAUGUCCUUAUUAACGCAGUGGAAACGAAAUGAUGGCUAAAUUUCAGGCGGGAAACCGACCGUGAUUAAAUUUGCAAUAUGGAAGUAACGAUUUUCUUCAAACUGUUAUAAUGUCGUUUUUAUUAAGUUAUACGCUCCAAUAUCGGAAGGAUGUUUGUGACUCCUAAAAUUACUUGUUCUAAAUGGUUUUGAAUAAAAUAAAAAUUU